AGUUACUUAACUAAAUGUAGUACUUGUAAAAGUAUUUUACUCUGAGGUAUCAGUAUGUUUUACUGAACAUAUAAAAACAUCGUUCCCCGGUUUAUAUUUCUUCAGCCGUUCAUUUAACGAGCCGGAGACGUUUCCUUUAAGAGGACUUUCCCUUUAACUCACCUGACGUGACCACACCUGAGCUGAACUUCCGGAGUAUUGCACAACAACAACAACAACAGCAACAGCAGCAGCAGAAGAAGAAGAAGGAAAAUAAGAACAGAGGGAGAAGAAGAAGAAGAAGAAGAAGAAGAGAGACUCGGAUCAUCUCUACGGACGGUCGUCGUGGAAACAGUAGAACCAACAUGGAGGAUGGCGGGGGGACAAAGAUGACACAGAGGGAGGGAGAGGACGAGGCAGUGAUGUCCGCCAUGAUGGAACCAAGCACCCUGCAGUGGCCUGGAGACAGACAGACAGGUGGACAGACAGGUAAAGGUGACAGGAUGAGCGUCAGGUCCAGUGAAGCGGCCAGUUGGACAGAGAGUGAGAGAGAACUGAUAGCAGAGGGGAAGAGGGGGGGAGGAGGAAACAGAGGAGCAGGUGAGGCUGAGGAGGCGGGGCUAAUUGGAGACUGGGCGGGGUCAAAGACACACCUGGAAGAGGAGGCAGAAGAACACAUAGAAAACCACCUGCCAGAGAAAGCAGCUCAGGUGUUCAGCCCUGCAGUGACCAUCCUGCCCUCCCCAGCCUCACCCAGAGAGAGUGAAGCAUUCUGGGAAAUGGAGUCAGAGAAGAGUCCCUUUUUGUGUUCCCGAGGAGGCCCCCAGGACUACAACCAACACGGCUACCAGUACGAGUGGCCUGAGGACACACCCCCUGCCAGAUGUGGGCGGGGCUGUCCUAGCAGGGACAUCCUGAAGGUGGGCGUGUCCCUGGUGACAUCAGCGCUCUUCUUUCCUUUCCUGGUGUGGGGGGGGUUUGUGUUCCUGCCGUUUGACGCCCCGCUGCUGGAUGGUGCCCCCUUAAGGCUUGUCUACACACUGCGCUGCUCUGUGUUUGCCGCCGCCCCCAUCGUCCUCGGUUGGCUGGUCUUGGGCGUCACUCGGCUGCGGGCAGGUGCGUUCCGGCCUCUGUUUGAUGAGGAGGUGAAGGAGGCGGAGCUUCAUGAGGUCACGGUCCACCGCCGCUUCGUCUCUGACUCCACCUCCCUGUUCCUGAUCUACUUCCUGCAGCUGAGCGUCAUGGCGAUGUACCUGAGUCAGGAGCACCUGAAACUCGUCCCUUUGCUGACCAUCGUCUUCGCCUUCGGACGGCUGGUUUACUGGGUGGCUGCAGCCUUCGGCAGCAGCGUACGUGGUUUUGGUUUCGGUCUCUCCUUUCUGCCAAGUUUCGCCAUGAUGAUUGCCAACAUCUACUUCAUCUUCACUGUGGAGGCGGCGGGGUCCAUCUUCAGCCUCCCGCCUUCUGAGGAAGUGCUGGCCCCACCCGCCAGCAGACAGAGGUUCUGGGGAUGAGAGCUGAUCAGUAAUCAAUAAACUUCCUGUCUGCUGAAAUAUUUCUAAUUGCAUUUCUUUUUUUUAAACGUUAUUUUUUAUGAACAGAAACUGUAGAACAAAAAGAUUCAAGAUCAAAUAAUAAAAUAUUCUGUUGAUAAAGACCCGCCCAUCUGUUGUUGUUAUCUGUUCAGAUAUUUGGUUGUUAAACUAUUUCCUGUUUACUUCCUGUUCAAUCUGUUUGUCUUGGUUAAUUUUUCAACAUUUUGUUUUAGAAAAUCUGUACGAUCAGUAAAUAUUUGAUGAUCGGAAAAAA